AUGGAGUCACAGCUAAAAAUAUUAGCUACAGGUUUUGAAAAUUAUUGUUUCAAUAGCUCAGAGUCAUUUAAGGUAUUAGAUAUCACAUUUAAAGCAUUAAUACCCCAUUGGAUAUCGGAUUAUGGCAAAGAAGCUGUGAUAAAAAUAAUCAUGGAACUUAUUGACAAUUGUGAGUAUCAUAAAUGUCCAUUAGAAUUUUCAGUAUAUCUUAAAGCUUUAAGUGGAAUUUUUAUUGUAGAAAAUUCGUGCUGUAUACCAUUUAAAAAAUUGAUUGACUUCUGCCUUAUUGUAGAUUCUCCAAUUCAGUUUGAAGCACUAAAUUUGGUCUCUAACUUACUUAAUAUAAGACCUUACUAUCUUUUAGACAUAUUAGAUAUAUGGACGGAGUCACUUAUGGAAGUAUACAAUCAAUCAGACUUGGAGAAGUCUAAGUCUUUAACUUAUGUUUUAGCUUUUGUUACAUCCCAAUAUAAUAAAGAUGUUCCACAAGAUGAGCUAAUCAUUCCCAAAAUAUUUAAAGGUAUUAUAGAUGGUCUUUCAAAUAUUUAUAGAAAGGUGUUAUAUCCCCAGUCAAAUAAAGUUUUUGAUAUGGGGUUUGUAUGUUAUAUACAAAAACUUCUUUUGCCAUUAUUAAUGGAGAGUAACCAAACUUUCCAGGAUGCAUUCUAUGAUAUUGUAUCAUCUUUUUUGGAGAGUUCUUUUGAAACCAAUAUAGAAAUGGAAGGUUCUUUUGCGCUGCUAACACUGUCCAACAUGCUCUCAUUUCUUCUUAUGAAGGGGUUUCCAAAAAAUAAAGAGAAUUUCAUGAAAUAUCUACAAAAUGGAAUUACUAAUCCGAAAACAAAUAUUAGAAAGGCUUCAAGAUUUGUUUUGUCUACUUUGGAAACUUAUGAAUGUAAUAAGAAUGCUACUAAUGCACUUAAUUCAUUUAUUUGUCUUCUCACGACUCUUGAAAACUACAAUGUACAUAUUUUGAAGAGCAAUUGGGAACACUUUUUAUAUCUAAUUGAAUUAGUGGAUAAUACACGCUUUUGGUGGAUUUCGUGUAUUAUAAAAAAUGGCUUUAAUCAUCAAAAUUCUAGUGUAAGAAGAUUUGUGAUGUUUCAAACUAUGAAUAUUAUUACUCAAAGUAAUCUGAAAGUUUCAUUUUGGCUAUCUAAAGAUACUUUUUUUAAUAUUUACCUUGACUAUAUAAUCGCAUCUCUAGGUGGAAAAGUUAGCAAAAGCAUUGAGGAUCUAUUUGUAGACUUCAUAAUUAUUGUACUAUCUAUAAACAAAGAAUGGAUUAUCGAUUAUUGGAAAUUUAUCAGUGAAAAAGUAACUUUGUUUACACCUUUAAGAAUUUUUUUGCAACCUUUUACUAUCAGCUUUGACAAAUAUAUAUCUAGUAAUUUCUCAAACAUAUCUGAAGAUCAUAUCAUAUCCUUCAUCAGAAGUUUUGAUGAAGAAUUAUGUAACAACUCCAUUGAAACAAUAGACUUGUUUGAAAAAGCAAGUAAUAAAAAAUAUUAUCUAACUUUUACAAGUGGUUGUUGGAAAUAUAUUUUAGAUAUAGCAUCAAUAAUUAACAGAUUUACCCCUUUAAUUUUGAGAUUAGACUUGUACCGUCAGUGGGCUAUUGUUACUGUCUACUACCUAAAAUCUCAUUCUAAGGAAAUUAAUCAGAGUAAUAUAAUCGAUUUUAUAGGUAUAUUUCCAGAGUAUGCAUUUCGAGAUAAAUUUAUUUUAACUAACCUAAAGUGUCUCUUAAUAUAUAUGGGAUUUUGUAAUAUCAACUUUUUGAGCAAUUUCCAAGAGGAGACUGAAUCAUCUUUACUAUGGCCUGAACUUAUAUGUAAAGGAAUUGGUCUAGGGAGAGUGAAAAAAAUCCUUGGAAAUAAGACAGCCAAUAACGAUAGUUCACUAAGUAAUAUCGAACUUAUUUCAGUAUACUACAAUUUUGAAUAUUUAACAAAAUCAGAAAAUAUAUCAGAGUGGUUACUUACUAAGUUAUCUGAAAUUUCUUAUACAACAAAAAGUAUAGAAGUUGAUAUAAAUUAUAUAUGGUUUAAGAUCCACUUUUUAUCUAUAAUAAAAGUGGACUAUAUGGGAGAAUCAAUGAAGAACUUAUGGAUUUGGUGUUUAAAUUAUAUAUGUGACACUUUCAAAGAGACAACUUGGCAAGAAAAUAUUCGUUCAUUAAUUACCUACUUGUUUGCACUUAAAUGUCUCGUUCAUCUUGCAAUAGAGAUGACUGUACCAAAAGAUUUUAUUCUGAGGGUUUUCGAGAUUCUUAUAAUGGAAAUAUCUUCAAUAAGAUGUUAUGCUAAUCUUCAACGUCAAUGGGAUAAUAUCAAGGAAAGUUCAUCAACUGAAGGUUUGAAAAUGAACCCCAAACUCUAUGGUACCGAUAAAUUUGGAAUAGUACGUAAUAUGGUAUCUACUAAAGGCUAUCCAGAUGCCUUUUCUUGUUUAUAUAGUGAUUUUCAACUUGUAAGAACUAUUUAUCCACUGCCAGUACAAUAUAGAGAUUUGAGUGAAUAUUUUUUGGAACUUAAUUACCAGCUAUUAAAUAUUUUGUGGUCCCAAUAUAGUUCAAUGAUAAUGGAUAGUUCAGUAUUAUCCUCUAAUAUACAAAUAACUUUUUUGAAUUCUCUAAUAAACAAAACACAUAAUUCUACGGUAUACCAAUAUUAUUUGUGGCAUUUGUUUGACACAAUGGUACUUCCGCUAAUAAAAUAUAUUUCUAAUACCCAAGGAAAGGUUGGAGUAAUUCAAUAUGCCUUUACUAUUUUUGAUUCAGUUCAACUUUGUCUCAAGGAAUUUACCGACUUUGGACAAUUCUUUAAUGGAGCUGUUCCAAUUUUGAUAAAAAUAAUAUCUUCUCUUAUUUUAAUGGAUUUAGACUCUGAAUUUACCUGUAAUACUUUAAAAAUUUUAAUAGAAUAUACACAUCUUGAUUCAAAAAAUUUGGGAAUGAUGAGAUCCUUUAUAUUUCCAUUAUUUAGGCUAUUAAAUGAACUUUUCAAUCGAUUGGAAAACCCUCAAAACAAGAAAUGGUAUAGAUAUUGUGUUGAAGUUAUUUCAAAUUUGCUAUUGUAUAAAGAGUAUGAGCUCACAGAUGGGAAUAAUACUGUUGUGACAAUGAUACAAAAAAUCCAAGAUACUUGCUUUUGUUACUCGAAUCAAUAUUCUAAUUGUGAGAUUUAUGAAAGGUGUCAUGGAUAUAUUAGAUUUGUCACCAUCACAUUUUUAUAUCACUUUUUUAAUUCUGUAAAAGAAUCAGGAUUGAUUUGCAAGAUUGAUUUUGUCUGUAACUCGUUAAAUAAUUUAAUGCAAGAACUGGAUAUUAUAGUUUCCAAUUAUGAAGGUAAAUUCAUAGAUGAUAUGCCGAAUUCCACUAAAUUACCCCCUUUACCGAACAGUGUUCAAUAUAGAAUUUUGCUUAGAGGCUGGCAAACAUUAUGCUGUCUUUCUGAUAUAUUGAAAGUAUCUCAGAUCCAUUGGAUAUCUUCAGUUGUUUCUUUCUACAUGAGACAUUUAAAAAUUCCAUACUCUCCGGAGAUUAGACAGUAUAUUGAGUUAUUUGGGUGCAAAUUAUUAUGUAUAUAUCCUAAAUUAUGUCUUGAACCACUCUUAAGCAAUUUGGCAUCAGAAUGUAACAAUGUACAAGUAUGUCAUUCUCAUCUUGUUAUCUCUAGUUUUUAUAUUAUAAACUACACUUAUAAUAAGUCUAUUAUUCAAGAUAAUAUACAUGAAAAGAUGCAUAUUGAGAAAUUAUCUAAACAGCUAUUUGCUACUUUACUUAGUUAUUCAAUAUGUAAUUCUGCUUUACUGAGAACAAUUGCAUUGUACACCUUAGAGAAGGUUGCCAGUCAAAUAGAUAAUAAUGAUAAUAUUUGUUCUGCCAGAGAACAAAUUCAAUUAGAACAAACAAGUAAUAAUAGCUUUGUAUACAAUAUUCUUAAUGAAACACUUGGAAGUGCUAUUUUGUCACAUUUAAAUAAUUCAAAAGACCUGAAACGAAUGCUGAAGAGUGUGACUCAAGUUUGGGAUCACUGGAAACCUUUAACCCAGUGUUCACUAGACUAUAUUUUACCAUCGAAGAAUUUUUUAAAGUUCAGCGAUUUGCGAAUAGCUCAAGAUGAAUUUUGUCAAAAUUCAAAUUUAACAGAGUAUAGUGCUUGGCUUGUGGAUGGAGACUUACGUCCAUCUUGGAGUUUAUAUUAUUCAAUUAGGCGAAUAGUUGCAACUCAGAUGACUUCUUUGUGGUGUAUUACCACUAAUCCAGAUCGUUUAAGUACCUCUCAAGAUAAUCAGUUACCUGCAGAAUAUAAGGAAUAUAUUGGGAAUCUUAAAGAUUACCAAUUAAAGUUUGAUCCAAAUUAUGAGAAUUCACCUGAAAUUCUUAUGAAAAGAGAAAAUUACAAAAAAAAUAAAAGGUCAGAUUUGAUAGUUAUUGGGACCUUAAUUGACAAGAUUCCCAAUCUUGCAGGUCUAACCAGAACUUGUGAAGUUUUUAAAGUUGGAAAGUUACUUUUGAAAACUAGAAAAGUUUUGAAUGAUCCAAUUUUCCGUCAAAUAUCUGUCACUGCUGAAAAGUGGUUGCCAAUUGAUGAGCUAAGAGAGUCUAAUAUAUGCAAAUAUAUACAUUCAAUGAGAUUACAGGGUUACAUCAUAAUUGCAGUCGAACAAACUGCCUCUAGCAUCUUAUUGCCAGACUUCAUCUUCCCAAAAAAAUCAAUUUUAAUUUUGGGUAAAGAAAAGGAGGGAAUACCGUGUGACAUUAUCUCCAUGGUUGACAAAUGUCUUGAAAUUCCUCAAUAUGGACUAAUUAGAUCUCUUAAUGUUCAUGUUUCUGCCUCAAUUUGUAUAUAUGCCUACUCAAAUCAGCAUAAUACUGCAAAAUAG